CACGAUAUGUUCCACAGCAGGUAUCAGCUGAAGUUCAGUAUAACGCCACAUGCCAGAAGAAUGGACAGUGGAGUCCUGUUAUUCCCUGCGAACCUGUGGAUUGUGGCAUUCCGGAGCUUCCUGAAUUAAUGGAGCUAUCAGAUGAAGAUCCUUCAACAACGUAUUUGAACCAGAUCAGUCUUAAGUGUGCAAAUAAAUAUUAUCAAAUGGAUAAUAAUGGUAAUUUUACCUGUAAUGCUGAGGGUAAAUGGGAGUCUGAGAGUGGUCAAAAUGAUUUGCCUAAAUGUCAACCAGUGUGUGGAAUUAAUACAGAGGCCUCUUUUGAUGGCAGAGUCUUUGGUGGGAAGCCAGCCAGAUUGGGACAGAUUCCCUGGCAGCUCCUUCAUAGGCAAAAUCCCAGAGGUGGUGCAUCUCUGAUCAGUGAUUACUGGGCCCUUACAGCUGCUCACGUAGUGGAUGGAUAUGAAAAUGGGGCCAUGAAUUGGUUAGGUGGAAUAAUUGAUGGUCAGGACAAAAACCCAGUCACUAUUGAGACAGAAAAAAUAAUCAUUCAUCCAGGAUACCAAAAAGUAGGACUGGGGAAAAACCAAACAAACUAUGAUUAUGACAUCGCGCUAAUCAAAAUGUCUAAAAGAGUGUCUCUAGGUACAAACUUAAGGCCAGUGUGUCUGCCUAAGCAAGCAGAUGAACCUGUGAAAGAGGGCACAGUCUCAGGUUUUGGAAUAUUUAAAAGAAAUACAGUUAGUAGACGUCUGCUUUAUGGACAUGUCCAGAUACAUCCACUUGAUGAAUGUAAUUCAGUAGGUUUGCCUGUCACUGAUAAUAUGAUCUGUGCUGGAGGAGACGAAGUAGACAGUUGUCAGGGUGAUAGUGGUGGUCCUUUGUUUUCUCCUGUUCUGGGCUACGGGUCUCUAGAAAAGCCCUAUAGUCUUACAGGCAUUGUAUCAUGGGGCCCUUCUGGAUGUGGGCAUGAAGGCUUUAAAGGCUACUAUACUAAAAUCCAAAACUGCCUGGAUUGGAUCAAGGAAACCAUGGAAAACAACUAAUAUGAAAUCACUGAAAUAAUAUACACCUACACCUGUUGUUAAUUUUACCAUCUGCUGUAUCUGAUUAACAUAUACCCAUCUGCUAUUUUCACAUAAUCACAUUGAAUUUUAAAACUUUUGUAUUAAGUUGUUUUAUACUAACCAGUAAAAGAGUUUACAUUA